UGCCCCUCAGACUCUCCCUCACUUCUUCAGUCAUGGACGCGUCCACUCUCUGACCUCCUCCUUCUCCUCCUCUUCCUCCACUCCUUCUUCUUCUUCUUCUUCUUCUUCUCCCGCUGGAGUUGAAGUCAUGGAGCUCUAACUGGGUCAUUCUCAUUGUUCGGUCCGUCGGUUGUUCGGUUGUUCGGUGGGAGUCGUGCGUCGGUUCGGUUUUCCUCUGCGCUCUCCUCAUGCGUCGGGAAUGUCAUGGCUCUGAGCGCACAGCAGCAGCAGCAGCAGCACCAGGAUUACUUCAGAUCCGUCAGCAGCGAGUCCACCACGUACAUGAUGGUUCCGACAGACGGACCCAGAGGUUCUGGACGCAAAGAGGCGCCGUCAAAGAUGUGGGUGGCCAUGGUGGUGAUCGUGGUGGUGGUUCUGCAGAUCGCCUCCACCACCGGACUCUUUGUCUACCUGAACAUGUCCAUAUCAGAGGUGCGCAGUCAGGGCGUCACUGAGGAGCUCAAAUGUCUGAGUUUACUCAACGCUCUGGACAAAGACCAGGACAUCCCAGAGCAGCUGGCUCAGCUCUUUGGAGAACCGUGUAUCAAACUGGCUGAAGGCAUCAAAGCGUACAUCUCCAAGGUGACGGAGAAUAUCAUCUCCAAACAGACCUUCAUAGAAGCGAGAACCAUGCCUCGCCCUUUUAACAACUCGGGGUCAAAGUUCAUGACCUCGGUGGCCCAGAGGCCGUCAGCUCACCUGACUCUCAGAGACACCAGCUCUUCAGGUUUCCCUCCCUACCCGAUCCCGACUCCGGGUCUCCACCAGUCCUGUCGUCAUGUGGUCCGCUCAUGGGCCAAUCAGAGCUUUGGAGCUCACCUGCACAACAUGACUCUGUCCAAUGGGAAGCUGCGAGUGCCUCAGGACGGGCGGUACUACCUGUACUCACAGGUGUAUUUCCGUUAUCCAUCUCCAGCAGCAAGUGACGGAGACCAGCGCAGCGUCAGCCAUCAGCUGGUGCAGUGCGUCUACAAGAAAACCUCGUACCCAAGCCCCAUACAGCUGCUGAAGGGCGUGGGAACAAAGUGCUGGGCUCCAGACGCAGAAUACGCCCUUCACUCCGUUUACCAGGGAGGAUUAUUCGAACUGAGAGCCGGCGACGAGCUCUUCGUCUCCGUCUCUUCUCCCACCAUGGUCAACGCCGAUGACUCCUCCAGCUACUUCGGCGCCUUCCGCCUGGACCUUUGAGAGAGGAAGGGACGGAAGGAAAAACACAAAAACACAUCAGAUUGGAUGAUGGAGGGACAAAUGGGCGGGGCUUAAGACAAUGAGCGAGGGGCCUUUGGAAUAUUUGUUGGAUGGAAAUAAGUUUGGCCGCAAUGUUUGCUUUGAAGGAUUCACCGAAGGACAGAAGGCUUUUGGGGGUUUGAAUAAAACAUGGAGGAGGUGGUGACGGGGGAAAAAAAAAAAGACUUGAUUCGUCUUCCUUACUCUCCUUUAAGAGAAUAAAAAUCGAACAUUCACAGAGACACUGGUGCAAUCUUCAACGUUCCGGAGGAACGCAAACAGUCGUCCACCACUAUCUUCACACUCCUGUUCACAAUCAACGGGGAAAAAUCAGGUCCUCGUAAAUUCACACACAAAUCUCAACAGCCCUUUGAAUGAGAAGCAUGGAUUAGGAUUACAGACCGACGAAUGUACACGCAACCAAACUAAGAUCCUCUGCAUCGAAGAUGCGAGGACAGACUGUGGAACAGUAGCAGCCAAAUCUAAAGAUCAAACCAAAGCGAAACGAAACGUGAAAUAUGACUUUUUCUAAAAAAAAGAAAAAAAAAAAAGAAAGAAAAACGUGCCAUGAGAUGAUUGUACAUAAGACGGACGAUGAACUGUGGUGAUUUUUUAUUACUAAUUCUUUUCUACCUUGAAUGGACUUUAAACCACUUGGGAGUUUUCAGAGGAUUGUUAACGUGCAACACUAGAAGUGUGGAGUUUAUUUUCAGAGGAUUUCGCAGGAUAAUGACGGACUCUGUGGACGGGAAACUGCUCGGCAAUGAGACUGUGGGACGCAACGCGGGGUGUCCUCUGAAAGAAGAGGACAAAUGAAAACAUGGAAGUGAGAGAGAGAGAGAGAGUGGUAUGCAGCUCCACCAGUCUGUUGUUGUUCUCUCUCUUUCACUUUGACUCGCAUUCUUAUUCCUUUUUCUAUUCACAGAAAGAAUUUGAACCGGUCUUUCUCGUCUAACCUGUGAAGCUACACUCACGCUUUUUACUUUAAACAUCCAUUAAACAUCCGAUUUAUGAAUAAAGUCGUUCAAACUGUU